AUGACAAUCUUCUGGCUUGUGCAAUUGCAACAAGCUAUCGUGAAAUACAAGGUCCACACCAACGAAGGUCAAUUCCCUUCCUGGGAUGAUUUUCAGCAUGUCCUCCUCGACACACCAGCUUUGAUGAACACCAGCCUCUGGACGCAAUACUACACCAAAGGGCAUAUGUUCUCGACAUCAGCACGGCAGUCAUGGGUACUUCCUGAUCGGCAGCCUCUGCCUGGACUGUCAAGCCCGACUCAGGGAUCUCUUUCCAUGCAGUCAAAUGACCCCGACCGACUCCUUCGAUACGCUUUUGAAGUUGUCCAGCACACCCUCAAGACAGCCUCUCGCCGAGGUCACAUCGUAAAGGAAGCGCUUGAUUCGGUACAAGCGACGACAAUACGCCUUCGAAGGACAAACUCUUCCAUUCCACCAUAUUCAGAGACCCAAGUCUACUUCUGGAUUCAAGUCGUCCACGCUGCUAUCCAAUCAUUCGAGGCAGCGACUGAAGACUCACCGAAUGAAAAUUCGAUACUCGACAUCCCUGCGUCACGACUUAGCUCUGCUAGUUUCAGCGCCCUUUUCAACACAAAUUCAUCUCUUUGGAGACAGUACUACUCCGAAAAGAUCUGGAAUGGUAUUGCUGCACGCAUGGAGUUUGUUUUGCCAGAUCUCAAGCCGCUGCCCAGCGUCAUCAAUCCUUCGUCUAGAUCACAUGAGCAAUCUGCUCUUUUCAAGCAGAUGGAGAGUGCUUUACUGCGACACGGCCCCGAGCUACCAACUGUUGAAUAUCUUUCUUUGCGGGCUACCUGGAUUAUUCGAGGUGCAGAUGAAUUGGCUGCAUCGUCAGUGGCAGAUUCUCCUCGGAUUUCGAGUCAUUCGCAUUUGCUACUGUACUUAUACAGAAAGCUACUUCUCGAAUCUCAAGGGAAAACGCUAAGAGAUAUUGCUCUGGAUCAGGUGGAGGGAAUAUCAGGACCCUCGGUGAACUCGAUCACACACAAGACAUUCUGGGUCCAGGUAUUUUUGACGGCAAUAUCUCGUGUGGGGUGUUGGCAAGAGACCAGCCAGGACCAGUCACCAAAAGUCGUAACCUUUGAAGCACUUGUCCGACGAAAUCUUCAACUUGUCUUUGAAGACCUGCCAGGCUUAUAUUACACGCGCGAAAUUUGGUCUAGUCACGAGGCAUCCGAGGUUAUGAUUGCGCCAGACAGAAGAAACAUGCCUGGGAUGCACUGUGCGGAUUCUCAUGAGCUGGACAACUUAUUCUUUUUCUAG